GGAAUUCAAGUGACAGCUACGACUCCCUCAAUGCGUGCUGUGAGAUUUGAAACUGGAUUGAUAGAGCUUGAACUCUCAAACAGACUGCAAACCAAAGCAAUGCCUGGAAGUAGCAGCUACCUCAAACUGUUUGGGAAAUGCCAGGUGGAUUUGAAUCUGGCACUAGGACAGAUUGUUAAACAUCAGGUUUAUGAAGAAGCUGGCUCGGACUUUCAUCAAGUUGCCUAUUUUAAGACAAGAAUUGGAUUAAGAAAUGCUCUCAGAGAAGAAAUCAGUGGCUCUUCAGACAGAGAAGCUGUGCUCAUUACUUUGAACAGACCGAUUGUUUUUGCUCAGCCUGUGGCCUUUGAUAGAGCUGUGCUGUUUUGGCUGAACUACAAGGCUGCAUAUGACAACUGGAAUGAACAGAGAAUGGCUUUACAUAAAGAUAUUCAUAUGGCCACAAAAGAGGUAGUAGAUAUGCUGCCUGGAAUCCAGCAAACCUCUGCACAGGCUUUUGGGACCCUCUUCCUUCAGCUGACUGUCAAUGACUUAGGAAUUUGCCUGCCCAUCACCAAUACACCUCAGUCUAACCACACUGCAGAUCUGGACACUGGUUCUGCUUUAGUCCUGACCAUCGAAAGCACAUUAAUCACUGCCUGCUCCUCAGAGUCUUUGGUCAGCAAAGGGCAUUUCAAAAACUUCUGUAUCCGCUUUGCUGAUGGCUUUGAGACAAGUUGGGAUGACUGGAAACCAGAAAUAAGAGGAGAUUUAGUCAUGAAUGCAUGUGUUGUGCCAGAUGGUACCUAUGAAGUGUGUUCUAGGACAACGGGACAAGCUGCAGCAGAAAGUAGCAGUGCUGGAACCUGGACACUGAAUGUGCUGUGGAAGAUGUGUGGUAUUGAUGUCCACAUGGAUCCCAACAUUGGGAAGAGACUGAAUGCCUUAGGCAACACCCUCACAACACUGACAGGAGAAGAAGAUAUUGAUGAUAUCGCAGACCUCAACUCUGUAAACAUAGCUGACCUUUCAGAUGAGGAUGAAGUUGACACUAUGUCUCCCACAAUACAUGCUAAAUCAGGUGGAGGCUCAUUGUGUGGAGAUGCACGCAAGCUAACAUUUGGGCAGCGGAUUGUAAAUCACCUGCUGGGUUUGAGCCCCCCAACCCACCGGCACUCUGUUCCUGUGGAGUAUCUUUUGGGGUCAGCGCAGCAGGAUUUUCUCCAGUCUAGCAGAUCACAUAUGAAAGCAGGCAGAUCCUGCUCAUGGGGACAUGAGGUUGUGGAUCACCGGCGUCAGGGAGCUUCCAGCAUCCAAAUUGGAGAGCAGCGAGGAAGAAAAUUUGUGAAACGUUUGGUUGAUAUUAGGGAGCUCAAUGAACAAGCUAAAGUUAUUGAUGACUUAAAAAAAUUAGGUGCAAGUGAAGGGACUAUCAAUCAAGAAAUCCAGCGCUACCAGCAGCUGGAGUCGGUGGCUGUGAACGACAUCCGCCGGGACGUUCGGAAAAAGCUACGGAGAUCCAGCAUGAGGGCUGCCUCCUUGAAGGACAAAUGGGGUCUCAGCUACAAACCGAGCUACAGCCGAUCCAAGAGCAUUUCUGCAUCAGGAAGGCCACCUCUGAAGAGAAUGGACAGAACCAGUUCUCGACUAGGUGACAGUGAAGACCUCCCAGACAUCCGUGUAGAUGCUGCAUCUCCUGGGCCAAGAGUAACCUUCAACAUACAAGAUUCUUUUCCAGAGGAGACAGAAAUGGACCUUUUGUCUGUAACUAUUGAUGGUCCCUCCCAUUACUCAUCUACUAGUGAAGGCUCAUGCUCGGUAUUUGGUUCACCCAAAACUCCAGUAGUCUUCUCACCCGGCAUUCCCUUCCAGCCUGAAGAAGGACGCCGGGAUGACAGCUUAUCAUCCAGCAGUGAGGACUCUGAGAAGGAGGAUGACCAUGAAAGAGAGAGACCAUAUUUUUAUAGGAAACCACCGAGCACCUCUCGCAAGAAGGCAACAGGCUUCGCUGCUGUGCACCAGCUGUUCACCGAGCGCUGGCCAACCACACCUGCCAACAGAAGUAUGACUGGCACAACCACGGAGAGAAACAUUGACUUUGAACUUGAUAUCAGGGUUGAAAUUGAUUGUGGAAAAUGUGUCCUGCACCCUACAAUGCUCCAGCAAGAACAUGAUGACAUUAGUUUACGAAGGAGCUAUGAUCGGAGUUCCAGAAGUUUGGAUCAGGAGUCUCCUUCCAAAAAGAAGAAAUUUCAAACUAAUUAUGCAUCUACUACUCAUUUACUUGCUGGCAAGAAAGUGCCAUCAUCUCUACAGACCAAAUCUAGUGAUGUGGAAACAACAGUGUUUUAUAUCCCGGGGGUGGAUGUAAAG